UCUCGUCAUUAUAUCCAGUAUCUCUGGCGAUAUGACGUCUCAAAAAAAGGUCUGUAGUGCACACUCCACAACAGAAGGUGGCGUUGAACAUCAAUGAUUUAGAGACGGCAGCUCUCGCCUGACAUGGAAGAAAAAAAUGCGUAUUGCGAAAAAGCUGUCCAGUGGGAAGGCUCGUCGAAUACUGUAGAUAUCCCUACGAUAUCCUGUAUUUGUCUGUCUUUACAACCAAUCAAAUUAUCUACCUACUCAUGUAGCGAGCUUCUUACUUGAAACAUAAUUCUUGGAUAAUAGAGUCAUAGUAGAAGAAGUCUCAUUUCAAUAUGAAUGAGCCAGAGGGACUGCGGUUCAGGAGACUGAACAGACCACAGAUCAUCACAGACGAAUUACAGGAACCCCAAUACAAGGGCACCAGGUAAGCUAUUUUACUCAGUAUUGAUAUUAACAUCAGAUGCUGCUUUCCUUGCUACUGUAGUAUUGCAUCACGCACAGAUGCACAAUCAACCACUGUGUAUCAGACUGGGUGAUUCUCAUUUGCGCUUCCUAGCUGAUGGCAGAUGCAGAGGUAAACAAGCCAUAUCUAGGUCAGUUUUACACUCACUGACUAUGCAAUUACUUUGCAUUAUGCAUGCAUGGUAUGAACCAAACUGUCAGUAAUAAGUGGAGAACGCAUUGACCAGCAUGCACUUAGUGUAGGCUAUUGAUAGUAAGGCCUAUUCAAGUUUUUCAUAGAUGCGUUCUCUCUGAAAAUAGAUGCAUGUGCAUUCUGUGUGUAUGUUUGAGUACUGUAUCAUCCACUGUUGACCAGAGUUCAUGGAUCUCUUCAAACACCCAAUAACAAAUUGAUAUUAAAGCUACAGUCUGGGAUCUGGGAAUCUGUUCAAUAUACCCAUUGAUUCUUGGAAGAAUAUAACUUAGCCCUAUGCCUCAGGAGCUUAACACAACUGUCAUAACUUAUAACCCAAAAUAUAAAGGUUAUAGGCCUACUCCAUUGUUUACAGACAACAACAACGUAAACCAACAGUGUAUGGCUUACAAAUAUUUAUCAUAUGAAUGUCAUAGACUCUCAGUCCUUGCAUCUAGAGCCCUAUGAAUUUGAAGAGGUAACAUUUCCUCAGCUGUAUAAAAAAAGUGUUGGGCGGCUUUAAUUUGUUAUAUGUUUUGUUUUUCCCAGUACCUAUAGUGGAAAGGUAUUCCGUGUGAUCCUGGUGACCCUGGGAGGAUGCCUGAUCCUUCCAUUGCUUGUAGUCUUUUUUCUGCUUGAGUCUCCUAUUCACCCUGAGCUUCUCAGGUGAGCUGUCAAGAAUUGAAAUCCUUCUCUCUUUUUUCUCCUGGUCUUUAGAAUCAUGUUCACUCUAAUGUCUCAGAAAUGUAUUGACUUCAAGGAAGGUUAACAUUUACAUUUUAGUCAUUUAGCAGACGCUGUUAUCCAGAGCGACUUACAGGAGCAAUUAGGAUUAAGUGCCUUGCUCAAGGGCACAUCAACAACUGUUUAAUCAGCUUUACUACAAGAUACUUUAGAAUCAGUCUGCAUAGUCAACAUUUCUGCUUACUUUUUAACUUUCUGGAUGUCGGUUUGUGGAAACUGUUCUGUACAUGUGUAGCACAAGUCCUUCUCACAGAUCUCACUCCACUGUUACUUGUAUAACAUACAUAUUAGGUAGUAUAUAAUGUCAGUAUGUAGAAUGGUUUCAGUCAUCCCUUAUCAAUAGAAUUGAUCAUGUAGGCCUAGAUGUUCUGAUGCAAAGACAAAAUGCUUAGCCAAACAUGACUUUUUCAGUAAUUGCUUAAUUAUUGAUUGAAGAAAGAUUGAUGAGGCACUCGGCUCAAAGUUUGAAUGCACGGUUGCAAUUUUCUUUUAGGCGCUUCCAGUCAGUCCAGAAUCCCCACUGCCUCUGCCACAACAACCCCUAUGUCUCCACAACUGCAUAGCCACAUUUCUAAAUACUGCAUUCUCUAUUAAUGCUAUUAUGCUGAGUGAUUUGCUGUCCCUACUUGCACAAUGGCCUUGGGUCAUAGACAAAGCUGAUCUAAUUUAUUACCAGUCUGCCCCUCAGACCAAAUAGCAUGCGUCUCCCUCUCCUCAUUAGAAUUCAUUGCUCAAUUCUGCAUCCACACUUAAUGAUCCAUUCUGAGGUCUUGGGGCCAAGGAUGUCCUCUCUUAUUUCUCCACAGCACUAGGCUUCAGGGUAAAGGCUAGACUGGGACAAGGGUGUUGAUCAGUGAUUCAUACUGAUUAUUUUCCCUAAUUUCUUUCCUCUUGUCUUUUCAGCCUCAAUGAGCCGCCCCUUAUGUCUGGGUGUUACGAGGCCAACUUUAAGCUGAGGGAGGCAGAGCGGCUGUUUGAGGACCAGCUUGUUGGCCCAGAGUCUAUUGCUAACUUUGGAGGUCAGUAUGAGGCUAGGCUAGAGUAUUCCAGCUGGAGUCUCGCCACAUGACAAUGUCUUUCAUAUCUUUCACCCAGUUUGUUUGGGCUUGUGUAAUUUGUGGGGAUUCAACAGUAACAGCAGUCUAAUAGUUCAAAGCUGAGGGGGCAAUGCUGGGGUAAUGCUGUCUGGAUGGCGGUGUUGACCAAUAAUAGCAGAUGCUUAAGUUUCCAAAUCUGCACAUACUGCGUGGUCUUAGUGACGGACAGGUAUUUGGCAUGACACAUUGUCACAUUUGACUUGUGCUUUACUAGUUUACUUCUGCAACGGUUGUUCUAUUCUGAUGUCCAACAUAUUGCCUUUACUUUUGACCAGUAUCUAAAUACACAUUUUGAUUGUUUAUCUCUCUCUAUAGAUGUGAUUUACACUGGUACGGCUGAUGGAAAGAUAGUGAAGAUUGAGGGCAAGAGCAUCACUGUUAUAGCCAGACUUGGCAAGCCACCCUGUGGUAAGUGAGUAAGGGGCUUUGACUAACUGAUUACUCACACAUUGUGUCCGUCUGAUUUCAUAAGCUUUCAUUACACAAUGUUGUCUCUACCCUCAACAUGACAUGAUUUAGACAAAUGACCCAACAGUUCCCAUUGCUCAAAACUGGAGUUUCAAAUGCUCAUUCAUAAGCAACUCUUAGUAGAUGCAUUUCACUCAUGACCUUUAUUGAUUGUUUUUCUGCUUACACAACAAGGAUGGCUUAAUGCACAACAGGCCUAGCAUAUUGGCUCAAAACUGAAAAGACAUGUCAAGAAUAGACUGAGCUCUAACCCAAGUAUUUGCUCAUAUUAAUCAGAUUAGCCUGUUCAAAAUGAUUUAAAUAAUUGCACCCAAUAAAUUAUGAAUUACUUUACAUACCUCAUAUCCACUGUGUUAUGUACUUUUAUUGUAGAUGGAUCCCGUGAACAGGAGCCUAGCUGUGGACGACCCCUGGGUAUCAGAGUGGGUCCUAACGGCACCCUGUUCGUAGCCGACGCCUACCUGGGGCUGUUCGAGGUCAACCCUGUCACAGGUAAGCAGCACACACAGCAAUGGCAUCACAGUUUUCUAUUUCCUUACAGGAUAGAUUUUAAUAUCAAUAAUGUGACAAAGACCUGUUUGUUUUUUGCGAGGAAUUAAAUAUUUGUUUUAGGUUUUCCAACAAUUUCACCUUAUACUUAGUAUAAUCAAUUUUGUUGAAAAUACUAUCCUCAAAAUAAAAGUGCUGGAUUAUGCAAGUCAUUUUAGUGAUGUAACUCUCUCUCUUUGACUCAUUAUAAAGGUGAGGUGACCAACCUGGUGUCGGCUGGACAGAUGGUUGGGGGCCGGAGGCUCUCCUUUGUCAAUGACCUGGAUGUAACACAGGAUGGGAGGAAAGUGUACUUCACCGACUCUAGCAGCAGGUGGCAGCGCAGAGACUACCUUCAUCUCAUCAUGGAGGCCACAGCAGAUGGACGGUAACUGUUACCACAGAAUUUAUGAAGAGCCUUGAGCACAUUCUAAUAGCAAGUUCUUGUCUACUUUGUCAAGAGUUUCUGUUGAAAUGUUAUGCAUAUAGGGAAGGGGUCUCCAACCUUUUUCUAGCAUGAGAGCUACUUUUAAAAAAUGAAAGGUGUUGUGAGCUACUCAUUUCUUUCUAGCUUUCAAAUAGGCACAUCCUUCUCUUCUCCUCUCCCCUACAACUCUUCCCCGGGUCCUUAGUGUACAAGAGAAAGUAGUUCACUAUGUUUUCUGUCAAUAUAACUGGUAAAAUAAUGGUUAAUUAACAACUGUAAGGGGGCCCUGUAAAAUCUGUAAUUGUUUUCUCCCAAAUUCUGUUUAAUAUUUUCCCAAAUUAUAUUCGCUCAGUUGUAUUUUUCCUGGUUUUAGAUGUUUUCGUUUUUCAAUCUCAAAAUUAUAAUUGUUCGUAGAGAAACAAUGAAAUUGAAUCUUCUGAGUCCAUAUCAAUGCUUAAAUCACAUCAGGAGACAAUUGUAUUUUAUGUCUGGAAGAAAACUAACAAAUUUGGAUUUUGGAGUGUAAUUCCCCUUUAAUUGCGCAUCUGGCCCUUUAAUUGCUCAUCGAGUGAGGAAUGUGCUAUCUAGCGAUGGUUCUGUGCUGCUGCUCAUUUCAUGACAAAGUUUGCAAAUAACAAAUAAUUGAUACAAAUUAUAUACUUACUCAUGAUAUACUUCUGUCAGGUAAGCUUACUUUGCAGUUAACAUUUAAUUGAGAACGUUUUGGGGAAAGUACUUCUGGAAAUUAAUUGGCAGAUAUUGUGUUUGGUUUGGCUUUUUAAGCCAAUAGUGGCUAACCAGGGGUGGAUAAUGUCAAUGUUGCAUUGAUUAGAUAGUAGCUGGGAUCUUGCGGUGUCUGAUACUUGUGAGAUUUGUUUAUGACAUUUUACGGUGGAACACUUGAAAAUUGCAUGUACUUUCAGAAUUGUUUGGUGAGCUACUCAUAGGUGCGCUGCGAGCUUCUGGUAGCUCGCAAUCGACCUGUUGAAGACCCCUGGUAUAGGGCCUUGUCAUAUGUUAAUCAUGAAUUUUAUAGAAUGAAAGCUAUAUCCCUUACUUAAAAGCAUUUGUGUUGAUACAUAAUGCGGGUACCUUACAUUUUAAAGAAAUUGAACACUUUAUAAAGGCAACAACCUUAAGUCUGAGCAAAGCUGUCCAUAUGUAACCCUUUGUCUGUCUUAUAGCGUGUUGGAGUAUGACACAGAGACCAAGGAGGUAACAGUGCUGAUGGAGAACCUUCGUUUUGCUAACGGGAUCCAGCUUUUCCCUGAUGAGGAGUCUGUGCUGGUGGCUGAAACUACUAUGGCUAGGAUACGCAGGUACUGUAGAGUUGAUCCUCCUGAGCAACACAACCAACCUUAUUUAACUACUGCACUGAGUGACAAAAUGCUGGCCACAGGGGAUUGAAUGUUCUGUAGUUAUCUCAUGUUUCAUCAGAUGCUAGGUUGUUGUGGUGCCGGCUUGUUGAACGUGCUCCUAGUGCGCCCACAGGUUUGUUUUAUUUUUAUUAUUUUCUCUCUCCCUUAUCAAGAUUUCAUGAAUAUAUUUCGCCUUUGUAAUAGCACACUUUGUUAAACCUGCCGGGAGCACAGUCAAUUCUCUCAAGCCUCACGUGUAUAAAUAAUGCAAGUGCACUGUUGCCUUGGUAACAGAGUCCCUUCACCAAGCUGCCUGAGCAGAAAGACAAAAUUGGCUUGUCCUUUCUCUUAUAGCAAUGCUAGUGUGGGUAUAGAGGGGGAGGGAGGUGUUCAUUGUUUGUUCAUUUCAGCCCAUAUGGUAAUGCAGACAGUUUGGGGAAGUUUUUGAUUUGCUGACUGUGCAGAAUAGAAAUCAGUAAGUUCAUUAUUUAUUUAUUAUUUGAAAUGGUCUUUUAGGUUUUCCCAGCAAGUAGAUUUUCUCCCUCCCAAAACUGGUUUAUAAUAGUCAUAACUAAUGCAUUUGCUUUUGGCUUUAUCAAUGCAGACAGUUUGCUGAGCCAAAUCCCCUGCUGCUGCUGCUAAGAGCUCUGAAGCUGGGUUGUCUUUUUAUAACACAGCUUCAAAGUAUUGUGAAGACUGCUCGUACAAGAGUUUUGUCAAAUGUUUUGAAUUGUUUCCCAUAAUACCUCUGUUACCUGUCACACAUACCAUAAGCAUAAGGCAACCCAUUUUAACCUUCAUCUGCAUGACAAAAUUGACUUUCUUUCCCUCAUCUCCUGAAUUUCCACAAAUGUGUGUCUGACUGUGUCCCUGCAGGGUCCAUGUGUCAGGUCUAAAUAAGGGAGGAAUGGACACGUUUGUUGACAACUUACCUGGUUUCCCUGACAACAUCCGUCGCAGCUCCUCUGGAGGGUACUGGGUGGCCAUGUCAGCGGUGCGGCCCAACCCUGGAUUCUCCAUGCUGGACUUUCUGGCCCAGAAGCCCUGGAUAAAGAAGCUAAUCUUUAAGGUAGAUUAUAUUACAUGAUGUGAUAGCAAUUUACUGUGAAUAUGAGUCUGAUAUUCAUUCCUAUUGGUCUGGUAUUCAUUCCUAUUGGUCUGGUUCUUAGGUGUUUUUGCAUUCAAGGGUUUGGGAUCUUGCCAGCUGGAAAUCUGCCUAACAAAUAUUGAAGGAAUACAUAAAGUAUACCUCAUUCAUUGUGACCAUGAGACCAGUUUGUUAGAAUGUCUCUACUUCAGUCUGGUGUUGGUGCUAUGACUCAUCCCUCCCCCCUCUCCCUGCAGCUCUUCAGUCAGGACAUGCUGAUGAAGUUUGUGCCUCGCUACAGUCUGGUGAUAGAGCUGCAGGAGAGCGGGGCGUGCAUGCGUAGUUUCCAUGACCCCCACGGCAUGGUGGCAGCCUACGUCAGCGAGGCACACGAGCACGACGGCCACCUCUACCUAGGCUCCUUCCGCUCCCCUUACCUCUGCAAGCUGGAUCUCAGCAAGGUUUGACCAGGGAGCUGAGCACAACCACUGUCUCGUACAAAACCCAUAUAUCGUUGCUUUCUGAUGAAAACCACUCAUCUCCAAAACAGGAACUUUUCAGGAAAUGGAAAAAACUGCCAUAUUUUCCCAUUAACAAACAUACAAUUUUGAAACUUCAGAAGCUAUUUUGAAUAUAUGUUCUUGGUCAUAGUCAUGAAAUGUUCAGAGUACAUUGAGGGGAGUUGCUGCUUUCGAUACAUGUCAAAAAUAAAAUGUUGCAAAAAUUGAAAUUAGGUUUAUCAGACAGCAACGAUAUGUUCCACACUGUGAGACUGCUCUCUGCCUACCUAACACCUCCCUACCUAG